AUGAGCUCAGCACCGGAGAACGAUGAGGGGCUUACAAUCACAUAUUCGUCCGGUCAAGAGGGAGCUCCGGAUCUCCGUCUGAUUCAUUAUAACGAUGUGUACCAUGUUGAGUCUGGCUCGUCCGAUCCCAUCGGCGGCGUUGAACGAUUCCAGACCGUUAUGAACCAAUACCGAUCCGCUCCUCGGUACAGCGGUCUCUCCGAAGUAAUCACUCUAUUUUCCGGGGAUGUUUUCAACCCAAGUUUGGAGAGCACAGUUACAAAGGGACAGCAUAUGGUACCCUUUUUGAAUAAGAUUGGGACAGAUGUUGCUUGCAUUGGAAAUCAUGAUUUAGAUUUCGGCGUCGCGCAGUUUCGACAUUUACGAAGUCAAUGCAAGUUCCCUUGGUUGUUGGCUAAUGUCAUUGAUCCGGCGCUUGGAGAUGAUGUGCCACUCGCAAACUGCGAAAAGACAGUUAUGUUGACUUCGUCAAAUGGUAUAAAGAUAGGUGUUAUUGGAUUGGGUGAGCGAGAGUGGUUAGGCACGAUCAAUUCUCUUCCACCUGAUCUUAUAUAUAAAUCUGCUUCUCAGACUGCCAUCGAGCUAGUCCCCAAACUGCGUGAACAAGGCGCUGAGAUUGUGAUUGCGCUUACUCAUCAGCGCGAACCCAACGAUAUCAAGCUAGCCGAGAAAGUACCUGCGGGUUUUAUUGAUAUUAUCCUUGGUGGUCAUGACCACUUCUACGCACAUUCUGUCAUUAAUGGUACUCACGUUUUGCGUUCGGGCACUGAUUUCAGACAAUUAAGUUACAUAGAAGCCUUUCGCAAACCAAACUCAAAAGGUUGGGACUUUAACAUUACUCGUCGCGAGAUUGUCCGCUCUAUUCCACCCGAUUCUGAGAUCGGAGUCCUCGUUGACAAACUUACCUCCACACUCAAGGCCAAAUUGGAGAAACCUGUUGGAUAUACUGCAUCCGCACUGGAUGGACGAUUCACGACUGUGAGAACGCGUGAAUCGAAUCUGGGCAACUUUAUAUGCGAUUUGAUGCGUUUCUAUUACCAUGCGGAUUGCGCUAUAAUGGCCGGCGGUACUAUACGUGGUGAUCAAGUCUAUCCGCCAGGUCUGUUACGACUCAAAGAUGUGUUGAACUGUUUUCCUUUUGAGGACCCUGUCGUUGUUCUCAAAGUAACCGGCCGAGAAGUGGUUGAGGCGCUGGAAAAUGGUGUUAGCCAGUUGCCUGCUCUGGAGGGUCGUUUCCCUCAGGUGUCAAACAUCACAUUUGAGUACACUGCGUCUUCACCACCAGGCAGUCGCAUUAACUGGGUGAAACUCGGGGGUGAACCGAUUAAUUAUAAGCAACACUACACUCUUGCAACACGAGGGUACAUGGCUCGCGGCAAAGACGGUUAUACCUCUCUAUUAGUACAAUCAGAAGGCGGCGAGAUCGAAGAACUCGUUAGCGAAGAGAACGGAAUGUUGAUUUCUGCUAUCUUACGACAGUACUUUUUAAGUUUGAAGGUUAUGGGAAAAUGGAGACGAAUGAGUAAAUCGUUGCACAAGCAUUGGGACGGCGUUCAUUCGCGGCUACAUGCUCAGAUAGGAGGGAGCUGGAUCAAAACUCCGUCUCCAGCUGUUGAGAGGAAGGAGCCAAAUAUGUCAAGUCAUUUCCCUGCUAAUUCCGCCGCGUUCAAGACAACCACAACGACGACAACAACAGUGGAAUACCGUAUCCAGCAUACUCAUUUGAAACACAAACCACGUCCCCAUCUCAGGCGGUAUGGCCGGUACUAUGAACCGCAUCGCCAUCAUGCUCAUGACGAUACUAGUACCAAGCAAAAAUCAGAAACGUCUCUUUCCGCAUCCUAUCCAUCCUCGGAUGAUUCAUCGGCUACCAAACACUCUAUUGACUCACACCUAGACUCAGACUCAGACUCCGAGCCUGAAAUUCUCGUCUCCUCGCACGAAGAAAGGAAUUAUGUGACAACAACAGCGAAAACACCCGCCGAAGAGGAACAGCGGAUACGAUUAGCGAGAAAAGUCCUCAAGAAAUGGAUGCGAAUUGCUGGCGUACAUGGCAAAACGGGAGUUGUGGAGGAAGCAGGUGAAGAGUUUACGCCGUCAUGGACAUGGGGCAUUGCGCCGAGAUGUGAAGGAAGGAUUCUGGUAAGGACGAGGGUUGUCGAGGAUGGUGGUGUGGGACUUGGAGAGGGGAAGAGGACGGAGAAUAUCAAUGAUGGGAUGUUUCAUACCCAAAAAUAUAUAUUGUAUGGCACGGUUAGCUGA